AUGGACAUAUCGCCAACCCCUUAUAACAUGAAAAACUCCGAAUCGGGAAGCACGGCGUCGUUGGAGAGCGGUACGAACGUGCAUGAGAGAAACGGGUUUUUUGAAGGGAAGGGUGGCGUGUCCAGGUGUAGGAAGCGGAAACGGAAGAGGAGGAGGGGGCGUGCGAGCGAGGCGGGCGCGUCGGACGAAUGGGAUGAAGAGAAGGAAGAGCAGGGAGGAAAGGGAGUGACGGGAGAGACGGGAGCAAGCGGGACGAUCGAUGCGGAUGGAGAGAAGGACGCCAAAAGGGAGAAACGCAACGGGCGAGCACGCAAAAACGAAGACCUGCGCACCAGUGACAGCCUUAGUAACGGUGAAAAGUCCAGCGGCCUUUCUUUAUCGGAUGGCAGCUGGUUUAAAAAGAAGGGUCACUCCCCUAGUGGGGAUGACGAAAUGAAGAUGAGUCGGGCGCGCCGUGGGGAUAGCACCACAGACAGGAGAGUGAAGAGGAAAAAGAAAGCCUCAAAAUUGGGGAAAGGGAAGCAGAGCGGCGCUGACGAUUGUGCGGAUGGCCGCAGAGGGGAAGAGUUGUUUGGGGACUGGUCUCACAGCGGUAGUGUGUUGAAGGGGGAGCAGGGCGGAAAGGGGGGAGAAGAGGCGCGCAGUGAGGAGGACAGCGGUGACGGUAGCGGCAACCCUAAUGACCACCCGAAUGACCACCCUAAUGACCACCUCUCGGACGGGGGCGCCCUGAAGGACGGCGAGGCGCACGUGCUGCGCGACUGCGACCUGAGCGACUUCCACGGGAGCACGGGCAAAAUAAUCAAGUUGAGGAUUCGCAAUUUUCUGAACCACGAAAAUUUGGAGAUGUCCUUCAACUCGAAUAAAAAUAUAAUCAUUGGAAAAAACGGAAAAGGAAAAAGUGCCAUCGCCCAAGCUGUUGCAGUGGGGCUAGGGAGUCAAGGAAAACACGCAGGGAGAGACAUCAGUCUGUCAAACUAUAUUAAAGAUUACGAUAAGAAUAAAAAAAAUUUAGUUUGCUAUAUAGAAAUAUUUUUGUCCAAUUCGGGUAAAAAUUCGUAUAAGAGGGAAUUAUACGGAGAUGUUAUCGUGGUGAAGCGCGUUUUGUCCGCACACACGAGUAAGUUCUUCCUUUACGGGGUGAAGCAAAACAGGAAGGAUGGAACCUCCAUGUAUGUGCACGCCCAAGAGGGGGAAGCCACCGGAGGAGCGACUGCAGGAGUGACAACAGGAGUGACUGCUACUGUGGGGGGUACUCCCCACGAGUGGAGUCAACCCAACAGAACGGAUUCGCAACCCAAUGGUUUGAACUCAAACAGGAGUGUAAAAAGAAAGGCAUUCAUAGAUAGCUACCUCAACUUUAUCAAGCUAAAUAUAAGAAGCCCGUGUGUAUAUUUGGACCAAGAAAAGGGAAAGCAAUUCUUCAGCAAUAUAACAGAAAAGGCAUUACACAAAUUUUUUAUGAAUUCUGUGGGGCUAGAUAUAGUCGAAUCUGAGAUAGAGAAGGAAAAUGAGCUACUACAAAACUGCGUUGUUCAAAUAAAGCAGAAGGAGACGCAGUUAUCUCCACAGGUGGAAGAGAUGAAGCGAAUGAAGGAACGAAAUGAAAUGCUAAAAACAGAAUUUGAAAAGUUAAAAGUUUUGGAUAAUAAUUACAAAAUGGUCGUCUUCUUUACGCUGCUAAAAAAUGCCAUCAUUCUCUUUAAUGAGUAUUUAAAAUCUGAACAUUUAAAAAAUGAAAAGGUAAUUCUUAGCAUACAGAAAAAGAUGAACCGAUUGGCGGACCAAAUUGAGCUCCUCAAAAUGGACGUCAAGAAGGUCAUCGAAAGGGAUACGCAAGUCUACCUCUUUGUGAAAAAGAACCAAGACAAAGUGGCAAAGUAUGGAGAUAUGAUUCUCCAGCUGAAUGAACUAAAACGCGAAUACGCCAGUAGGAAGAACGAAAUUGUGAAUUAUCUAAGCUCGUUUGAGAAAGCCAAGGAAAAUAAAAACCUCCUGCAGGAACAUUUGCACAAGUACCAAUCCGAAAUGGAAAAAAUUAAUGAAAAAAUGAAAGAAGAAACGGAGCGAGACACACAGCUGCGUAACGAAAUCAGCAAAAGGGAAAAUCAAAUCUACGAGUUGGAAUACACCUUAAAUAAAGGCCACAACGCGCUGGAGGAUAUAAGCAGACAAAUUCAUCUCCUCAAGGUGCACUCCAAUAAAAUGCAAAAAAUAAAAAACACACAAAUAAAAAGAAAGAUUUACACCUACGGGUAUGAUAUUUACUCGGUUAGAAGUAAUAUCUUGAAAAAUUACAAAAUUGUGAAUUCGUCCGAUGAGGUAUGCUCUUCUGUGCUUUACCCACCUGAGUUGUUUCCCCAGGGGAAGAACAGCGUGCUGAUCCAAAACGAAAAGGUGAAGCAAAAUCACGCGAAGGAGGAAAACCCCGAUUUGGUAUUCAAGUACGAACCGAUAGGACCCGCGGGAGAAUACAUACGACUAAAGGAACAGGUCAUGAACGAGAAGGUCCUUUCCAUCAUCGAAAAGCAUCUGGGGGAUCUCUUCUACUCUUGGCUAGUCAGCUGCUAUGAGGACAAAAAUAAACUGAGCAGCAUCGAAAUGGAGAAUAAAAACAAAAUGAACAUAAUCGUAACGAACGCCUUUCAACACAUAAACAGAAAAACGUUGCUACAAAGUAUUCACACCAUUCUGAGCAAAAUUAAUGGUAGGACUAUUUACUCCUUUUUAAAUGCCGACCUUCUUCCAACCUCGCUCCUCUUCUAUCUGCAUGAUAAUUUUAAAGUGGUGCAAACGUUGGUGUGCAAAAAUUCGGAAGAACUCCACGAGCUGCUACGAACAAACGACAAAAAAAUUGUCAAGUCCAUUUACGUGGUGGACGAGUUUGUUGUGGUGAAGGUGCUCCCCAAUGGGGGGCUGCAUUACCAGCCGGCCAAAGAAGACUACUAUAAGAAGCCCAUGUUUCUAAACAUGCACAGUGAGGAGGGGACCAUGUAUAAGACAACGAACGGGGGUACAACGCUAGACCACAAGCAUCAUCAGCACGGAACGAAUGUUACCACAAAUGGGGAAGUUGCCACAGUUGGAGAUUCCGAUGGGGUAACCACAUCUGCGUCCACGGAACAACUCCCUGCUGGGGAAGUCGUGCCAAAUUCGGAUUACAAAACGAGUGAAGAACAUUUGAACGAGUUAGAAAAGAGGAAGGAGGAGAAAAACGAAGAAAUUGUCAAAACGUCGAAGAGGUUACUCUCCUGUAAAAACGUCCUGGAGAGUCUAAACGAGUCCCUAAAAAAAUGCCGAUAUGCGCAGGACGAACUGAAGUACCAGCACCGAAAUAUUGAGGAACUAAUACAAAACCAUGAUGAUAUCUUUUCAGAACAAAUGGACUUAGAAAUUAAAGAAAAAAAUAAAGAUAUUGACGAAAUUGAUGAAAAUGUGACCGAAAUUGAUCGAUAUGUAGACACCCUGGAAGGGAAGAAGAGGAACACCCUUGAGAGGUGCCUGACCCACAAAUGGUUAAUAUCAACACAUACUCAUUACUUGGGUAGGAAAAAGGAGAAAAUGGCCAGCAUGAUUGAGGAAUAUAACAACCUGUGUGAAGUCCUAAUCAAACUGGAGAGAGACAAACUCAGAAAUGAUGAAACUGCUUUGAAAAAUAAGAGAAGCUUCUUAGCAGCGAUGAACAAGCUACACAGCAUUUACUUUGAAUGCCUUGCAAAUGAGUUUCCCCUUGCGGAGUCACUUUUGGAGAGUCCCUUUUUGGUCCUAAGGGGAAGGCCCGCUAAUGUGCCUAUAACGAACAUUCGCAUAGAUCGCUGCGGGGAGGAGAACCAGGUGGAAGACGCGAACCCUCAGGGGGAGGAACCCCUUGGGGAGGACAGCACCAGGCAACAGCAAAGUGAGAAGGAAACACUUGAGAAAAGAAAAAAUGACGACGCUGCUGAGGAAGGCACAGUGCGCGUUACCUUCACUGUGGAACACCCGAACUGUGGUGCAGCCAAGGGGGAACUCAUCUUCACCCGUGUGCCCCUCUCGAAUCUCAGCUCCUUUAACCAGCUCUUUGUCCUCUCGAGGGGGGACGAGGGCGCGGUGCACAACGAGGAAGGCAGUUGCCAACUGGCUGUCAACUCGGGUGAUAAGAAAAGGGAAGGCGAAAUAAGGGCCCUUCGCGAUUUGGGCCAAUGCGUAAGGGCGGUGCUGGCCGGGGGUGGCACCGGCACGAGCGCGAGCAACAACACUAACACCGUCACCAUCUCGAGCAGUGCCCCUCCAGCUGGGGGCAGCCACGACAACUUGUUCAGCAAGGAAGGCGACUCCUGCGAGGAGGGCUCAGCGGGUGAUGCGGUGGGUGACGCGGUGGGUGACGCGGCUUGCUACUCAGCGGUGAAUCCCCCGUGUGAAGCCCCCCCUGACCUGCUGGACGAUAACUACGCCGACGUGCUGUGGAAAAAGAGGUGCGAAAAAAAGAAGGAAAUCACGGAGCUGCUUAAAAUAAACGGCUUCAGCGAAAAGGACAGCACAGACAACUCCAUAAGGAACUUUUUCCACACACUAAUUGAGCAAUACGCAAACGAGGAAAAAAGUUACAACGCGCAAUUGAAGCAAAUUAACGACUUGAGAAAUAAUUAUGAUAUGCAUUUGGCGAAUAUAAAGUUGAGGAGGUCUAAAUUUUGCCAAGUUUUAAAAAAAACAAAAGAGCAAAUAACUUCGCACUUUAAAAAUAUGCUGAAAGGUAUGAACAACUACAAGGGCAAAAUCGAGUUUGACGAUUUAAACCGAAAUUUAAAAGUCUUGGUUUCGAUUAACCAAGAUUUGUCCAAAAACAUUUUUAUGGAAAUCAACUCCUUGUCCGGUGGCGAGCGCUCGACCAUUCAGAUGGCCCUCCUGGCAUCUUUGUCCCUCACGGAGGCCUCUUCCUUCCACAUCUUCGACGAGCUCGACGUGUACAUGGACGAGCUCACCCGGGUGAAGAACAUGCAGCGCUUUUGCGAAUUUAUUGAGCAGAACAACGACAAGCAGUACUUCUUCAUCACGCCGCACAUCGAAAUAACGGAGUUGUUUUUAGGAGAUGCCAAGGAGAAGAAGGCCAAAAUAUUAAAUUUGUCCUGA